GAAAGAUCACAAGAGCGCUCUAAACAUCAAUUCGGACGUUUUAGCUGUGGGUCUUAUUAAGUCAGUUAUGAUUAAUAUAAACUUUGCUGAUGAUCAGAAAUCCCUUUAGCAGGUUUUGUUAGCUUAGCAGUGGUCGUCGUCCGUGUGGGUGCGGCUCAGACUGAUUUAGAUGAAUUACACUGAAUAUCUUCAUUAACUGAUUUGUUACUGGAAUCUAAAGCAGGAUGAGGAGCUUUUGUAAAAGCAUCGUUUUAUUACUCGUGUGUGGUGUGUUUGGUGCUGUGACAGAUGAGGAGUCAGUGUCAGUGAAUGAGGGAGAAUCAGUCACUCUACAGACUGAUGUUACUAAACUACAGAACAAUGACAAGAUACGGUGGAGGUUUAUAGAAGAAGGUUCUGCCACACUUAUAGCUGAAAUGACCGGUGGUGGUGCUAUAAAUUUUGAAAAUGAUGCACGAUUCAAAGACAGACUGCAGAUAUUAGAUCUUCAGACUGGAGAUCUCAUCAUCAAAAACAUUAGACACAAACACUCUGGACGAUAUAAAGUAGAUCAUGAAAGCAACUUUGGAACAACAUACAAGAGAUUCAGAGUUACUGUCAAUGAUGCUCCAAGUGAUAUUGGUGCUGAACAAAGUGAUGUCAAGUCAGCGCGUGUGAUUGAGGGAGAUUCUGUGACUCUACACACUGAUGUUCAAACACAGAGAGAUGAUCUGAUACUGUGGAGGUUUGGAGAUGAAGGUGUUCUUCUAACUAAAGUUGAUAAAGAAGAAGAUAAGAGCUCAAUAUAUGGUGAUGUUCUUGACGGGAUGUUCAGAGACAGACUGAAACUGGAUGAUCACACUGGAUCUCUCAUCAUCACAAACACCAAAACCACAGACACUGGACUUUAUAAACUAAAGAUCAUCAACAACAGAGACACAAAAUACAAGACAUUCAUUGUUUCUGUCAGUGAACCAGGUCUAUCUGCAGGACAGGUGACAGGAAUAAUCUGUGGUGUCCUGCUGGGUAUUGCUGUUGUUGUUGCUGUUGCUGGCGUGUUUGUGUUUCGCCGCAUUAAAUAUGAACAACAGAAACAAAAGGUUACAGUGAUGACGGUGCCUGAGGGACAUUCUGUCACUCUAGAGACUCAUGUCACUAAACUCCAGUCUGAUGAUGUCAUCGAGUUGAGCUUAAGAGGUGAAGGGACAGCCACAUUCAACACGAUAUCUAGUGAUGAUGUGAGAUUCAGAUACGGACUGGAGGUGGAUGAUCAGACUGGAUCUCUCACCAUCAGAGACAUCAGAACAGAAGACGCUGGACUGUAUAAACUAAAGAUCAGCAGCAGCAGUCGACUGAAAUCAUUCCUUCAGUUCAUCACCGGUGGAGGACCAUCAUACUAUCAGUUCAAUGUUCUUGUCAAAGAGAGGAUAAAACCAGUAGUGUUGGGAGGUUCUGUUACUCUAGAGACUGGUUUUACUGGAAUACAGAUUGAUGAUGAGAUUCAGUGGACAUUUAAAGAAGAAACAACUCCAAUAGUUGAAAUCACUGUAGGGGCUGACCCCUCAUAUGUAUCGUCUGAUGAGAGAUUCACUGACAGACUGAAGAUGACCCUUGGACUGGAGAUCUCACCAUCACAAACAUCACAACUGAACUCACUGGAGUUUAUAAAGCUGUGAUACACAGCAGCAGAGGAAGUAAAGACCGGGACUACAGAGUUGCCAUAUCUGUGAUCACAUUCACAGAAGAAUCUGUCACUCUAAACACUGACAGUGAAAUACAGAGAAACAGUGAGAUCAAGUGGAUCUCACAAGAUGAAACCAUUCUGGUCACUGGAAAGAGUGGAGAUGACAAAGAGACCAAAUAUACAGAUGAUGAGAGAUUCAAAGACAGACUGAAGAUGAAUCAUCACACUGGAGAUCUCACCAUCACACGCAUCAGAAAGACAGAUGAAGGACUUUACAUACUACAGGAGAUCAACAGUGAUAAAAAGAUCUUAUACAGAAUAUUCUCUGUUAAUGUCCGUGAGAGGAUAAAAACAGUAAUGCUGGAAGGUUCUGUUACUCUAAAGACUGAUGUUACUGAAAUACAGACUGAUGAUGUGAUUCAGUGGAGAUUUGAAGAUGAAAAAACUCUCAUAGCUGAAAUCACUGGACUGAAUAAACUC